CUCUCUCUCCCCGCGCCUCUCUUCCUGCCCGCGGCCCCGCUCUGCCUGCACCUUUUAUGCCUGGCGUCUGGCCGUCUCCCCCCCACUCAACCAUGGAUCUCACGGCGAGAUGUUGGCUUCUGCUGCCCUGCGUCGGAGCGAUACUGGCCAUCGAUUUGGAGGCGAUCGAUCCGGGCUACUUGGUGGCGGAGCCCGCGGCCACGGCGGAUGUUAUCGACUAUAAGGAUCCCUGCAAGGCUGUUGCCUAUCUGGGAGACAUAGCUCUGGAUGAGGAGGACCUGCGACUAUUUAAAGUGGACAGAAUUAUAGAUUUAGCCAGCAGAACAGUCCAGAUUGUCAAUCACACAAAUACAGGGUCAACUCAUCAAAAUAGCCAGAACAGACAAGGCUCUGGCCGAAGGAAACGAGCCGCCACUUCCAGACCUGAGCGUGUUUGGCCUGAAGGUGUCAUUCCAUAUGUCAUCAGCGGUAAUUUUAGUGGCAGCCAGCGGGCCAUAUUCCGCCAAGCCAUGCGGCACUGGGAGAAGCACACCUGUGUCACCUUCAUUGAGAGGACACAGGAAGAGAGCUACAUUGUCUUCACCUACCGACCAUGUGGGUGCUGCUCCUACGUGGGCCGGCGUGGAGGAGGCCCCCAAGCCAUUUCUAUUGGCAAGAACUGUGACAAGUUUGGCAUCGUAGUCCACGAGUUGGGUCAUGUGAUCGGGUUCUGGCACGAGCACACGCGGCCCGAUCGAGACGAACACGUCAGCAUCAUCAGAGACAACAUUCAACCAGGUCAGGAGUACAACUUUUUGAAAAUGGAGCCAGGGGAGGUGGAUUCUUUGGGAGAAGUCUACGACUUCGACAGCAUCAUGCACUACGCCAGGAACACCUUCUCCAGGGGCAUCUUCCUGGACACCAUCCUGCCGCGCUACGACGUGAACGGCGUGCGACCUCCCAUUGGCCAGAGGACCAGGCUGAGCAAGGGGGACAUCACUCAGGCACGCAAACUCUACAAAUGCUCCAGAUGUGGGGACAGUCUGCAGGAUAGCAGCGGGAACUUCUCCUCGCCAGGUUUCCCUAAUGGAUACUCGGCCUACAUGCACUGCAUCUGGAGAAUAUCCGUCACACCGGGAGAAAAGAUCAUUCUGAACUUCACCUCCAUGGAUCUGUACAGGAGUCACCUGUGUUGGUAUGACCACGUGGAGAUCAGGGAUGGAUAUUGGAGGAAGGCACCGCUCAAAGGCCGGUUUUGCGGAGACAAACUUCCUGAGCCAAUCAUCUCCACCGACAGCCGGCUGUGGAUCGAGUUCCGCAGCAGCAGCAACUGGGUUGGAAAAGGUUUCUCUGCCGUUUACGAAGCCAUCUGCGGCGGGGAGGUGAAGAAGGACAGCGGGCAGAUCCAGUCGCCCAACUACCCUGACGACUACCGGCCCAACAAGGCGUGCGUGUGGAAGGUGACGGUGGCUCAGGGCUACCACGUGGGCCUCACCUUCCAGUCCUUUGAAAUCGAGAGACAUGACAGUUGUGCCUACGACUACCUGGAGGUGCGUGAUGGCAACUCUGAGAACAGCCCCCUGCUGGGACGCUUCUGUGGCUACGACAAGCCCGACGACAUCAAGACCAGCUCCAACCAGCUGUGGAUGAAGUUCGUCUCUGACGGCUCCGUCAACAAGGCCGGCUUCGCCGCCAACUUCUUCAAAGAGAUGGAUGAGUGCUCCAAGCCGGACAACGGUCGCUGUGAGCAACGCUGCGUCAACACGCUGGGUAGCUACAAGUGUGCCUGCGACCCGGGCUACGAGCUGGCUGCUGACAAGCGCAGCUGUGAGGCCGCCUGCGGAGGCUUCAUCACCAAGCUGAACGGCUCCAUCACCAGUCCAGGUUGGCCCCGGGAGUACCCGCCCAACAAGAACUGCAUCUGGCAGCUAGUGGCCCCCACACAGUACCGCAUCACUCUGCUCUUUGACGUCUUCGAGACUGAGGGCAAUGACGUGUGCAAGUACGACUACGUGGAGGUGCGCAGUGGACUCUCGGCCGACUCAAGACUACACGGGAAGUUCUGCGGCGCCGAGAAGCCGGAAGCCCUCACCUCGCAGUACAACAACAUGCGCAUCGAGUUCAAGUCCGACAACACCGUGUCCAAAAAGGGCUUUAAGGCGCAGUUCUUCUCAGACAAGGACGAGUGCUCCAAGGAGAACGGCGGCUGCCAACACGAGUGCGUCAACACCUUCGGCAGCUACAGCUGUCAGUGCAGGAGCGGCUUCGUGCUGCAUGAGAACAAGCACGACUGCAAGGAGGGUAAAACCUUAUUCCUGUCCUCCGCUGCUGGUCCUGGUCUAAACCCUUGUCUUUUCGCAGCUGGCUGCGACCACACGGUGACCAGUGUGAGCGGGACCAUCACCAGCCCCAACUGGCCGGACAAAUACCCCAGCAAGAAGGCGUGCACCUGGGCACUGACCACCACGCCGGGCCACCGCAUCAAAAUAGCCUUCAAUGAGAUCGACAUGGAGGCCCACCUGGAGUGUGCCUACGACCACAUCGAGAUCUACGACGGCAAAGACGGCAAGGCUCAGACUCUCGGCCGCUUCUGUGGCACCAAGAAGCCGCCGCCCAUCACGUCCAGCGGGAACAAGCUCUUCAUCCGCUUCUUCUCCGACAACUCCGUGCAGAAGAAAGGCUUUGAGGCGGCCCACUCUGCAGAGUGCGGAGGUCGCCUGAAGGCCGAGGUAAAGACCAAAGACCUCUUCUCCCACGCCCAGUUCGGGGACAACAACUACCCAGGGGCCUCGGACUGCCAGUGGGUGAUCUCGGCGGAGAAGGGCUACGGCGUGGAGCUCAUCUUCCAGACCUUUGAGAUCGAGGAGGAAGCGGACUGCGGCUACGACUACAUGGAGCUCUUUGACGGCUCCGACACCAAGUCUCCACGCCUGGGACGCUACUGCGGAUCAGGGCCUCCAGAGGAGAUUUACUCUGCGGGCGACUCCAUUGUCAUCAAGUUCCGCUCGGACGACACAAUCAACAAGAAAGGAUUCCACGUGCGCUACACCAGCACCAAGUUCCAGGACACCCUGCACUCACGCAAGUGACGAGUGGGGGCCGCAAGGGGCCGUGCGGGGCAAAGGGGCGCCCGGAGGGGCCCCAAGGGGAGGCUCCAGCCUAACGCUCGGAAACCUUCGGCCACCACCGAUCAGACACGACAGAACAGAAGCAAGACCACCACCACCAAGCGCACCUCUAGCGCCCCCCGCAGACUGUGAGGAGUAAAGCCAUUCUGCUUGUUUUUACCUUUUUAUGGUUGGGUUGGGGCGGGGGGUGAAGGUCCACCUUUGGCGGACAGCGGGGAGGGGAGGGGGGGAUUAUUGACCAACCCCCUCCAGAUAAUUCUUUAGUUUUUUUGGUUUUUGGUGUUGUUUUUUUCCAAGGUGCCAGCUGAAGCGCGGCACCACCCAGUGGAUUCUCAGGACCUGCAGGAAGGAUGCUCCACGCCAAACCUUGGCAUCCGCCGUCAGCAGGAAGAGGAGGAUUGUGGGAAGGCAUCCCACGCUGCUCCCUCGUCCCUCCUCGUCGUCCUUGGAUGAGAAGGACUCGACAGGACUUGUUCUGUCAGUUUGCAUGUGAUCCAGAGAAGACGUGACAACACCAGCAUUUGUAUUGUUAGCAUAACUAAGGAAGCAGUUAUCUUAUUAAAGGACUAAUAAAUGAAAUGUGCUCCAAUGGUCUUCUGGUUGCUAAUUGCUUGCAGGAUGACUAUUACUGUACCUCCUCCAUGUGUGUGUGUGUGUGUGUGUGCGUGUGCGUGUGUGUGUGUGUAUGUGUGUGUGUGUGUGUGUGUGCGUGUGUGUGUGUGUGUGAUCUUUCAAAAGGGAACAUGUGCUUUGCUCGAACCAGUUAGCACUUUACAGUGAAUUGUUCCAAAAUCAUUAGCUUCUAUGGAUUUUUGUGAAGUGCAAUGCCAGUUCACUUAUUUUUAAAUGCAUUUUGUCUCCUAUUCUAAAUUCCAUUGUUUUAUUUUUUAAUUUUGCUUCAUUUAGUUCCUCAGGCAUACUUGAACAUUGUGUGUGCCCUGUAACUUGGGGUAAUAAAGAUAUGACUCAUG